AUGUCUCAACAGAGAAUAGCACUAGGAGGUCAGGCAAUUAAUUAUUACCGAUAUGGUGAACGAAAAGAUUGUUCACAACGAUGGCAAAGUCUUAAAUUCUGUAUACAAUUAAAGUCAAAAUCUUUAGAAGAGCGAAAG